AUGGAGUUCAGCACGAAGCGACGCACCUCCUUUUCUUUUCUGUUCGGGUCACAGAAACCAACUUUGAUAACCCAGCAAAACCAGCUUGCCCAUAACCAACCCACCCGUGACUUGGAAUUUGUUGAUAGCCCUGGCACCUAUCAGCCAUCAUCGCCGUUAAUCGACCGACCGAAAAUCCCUACCGACCUAGAAGCACAGCUUAGAAAUGCCUGUUCAUUACUCGUAUCCAGGAACCCGAAAGGCCAGCCGUCGGGGCCUAGCAAGCGCUCUCGCGCGGUCACAACCAAUACGACGAUGCACGAACCGUCCACGGCGCCUCAGAUUGACUCCAUGUAUGUGUUUCCAAAAGUGGGAGCCGAUGUGGCAGCCCUGAAGGACAAAUACGAUUCCGGGGUCGCCUUGACCCAGCAGUCCAGUAUGCAGGCUAUGAGGGUUCUCCGUUCCCAGACCAGCCAACACCUCAAGUGCGAUAGUCUCGAAUCGGGACGAGCGACAUCCUCCCACUCAGCCCUCGCUAGCGAUGGAACGCAGUCCUCGAGUGCCCCGCCUAGCCGAGCAGGCUAUGGUAGCCAAGCAAUGGGCUCGGGAAAGGAGGGUAGGGAUAGGAGUCAGAGUGUCAAGGCCUUCCUCGACGGCUCUGAGUCCGGACCUCAUCCGAAUGAGGAUGGUAAUCAUGUGGACGCUGUUAGCGAAGAUGACGUUGAAGUCUUUCUGGACCCCGAGACUACACUCAUGUCCACCGGGGUUCCUAGCUUCCAUUCACCCCACUCAGUCCCCAGCAAUAUUACACCAGGUCUCGGAAAGCCUGUGGAACCAUCAUCGAACAGCCACGGUGGAGUCGCUGAUUCGGAAGCCCCAACCGUCCAUCCUCCAGAGUACACCGAUCCGCUGGACCUGGGCUCUUCCACCGUUGAAGCAAGCGAGCAACACCCCGGGAUCAUCAUCGACAGCAGCGGCCUAGCGCACGUCCUCAGCGCUGCAGAAGAAACCGAACGCGACAUGAACAUCCAGCAGGCGGUGAUGGCCAAGAUGAGAACGGGCACCAUUGCUAAUGCCAGCACGCCACACCUCCCAGUCUACACUGAGUCAACGGACAACGUUUCCAAUCUUCGCCCCGGGUCUAAUACCUCAAGACUGAAAACCUCCUGGUCAACAAUGAGCAAGGCAACAAGCCGGAAGCUCAGAUCUCGAGGAACCGAGGACGUGCCCACCAAUGAGAAAACAGUCUUCCGCAGACUGAAGAACCUCUUCUCGAAGCGCAAACCCGUGAACGUUGUCCCGCCGGUAGGAACCUAUUGA